AUGGUCGCUACUAGAAGAUCAGGAAAAAGUGAUCCCAUUGAAUUAAGUGAUAAUGGUAAAGGAACUCAAGAAAUUAUACCUAUUAAAAUUCAAAGAGCAAAUAAGGAAAAAUUAAAGAGACAACAACAAAAACAAAAUCUGAACAAACUAAGGGGUUCUAGGAGAAAUAAACAAGAAGAGAUUGAAGAAGUUGAGGUAGAUGAAGAUGAAUCACUUGAAGAUGAUUCGGUUGAAGAAGUAGAACAAGAAGACGAUGAUAAUGACAAUGAUAAUGACAAUGAUAAUGACAAUGACAACGACAAUGACAAUGACAAUGACAAUGUUGUUGAAGAAAAAAUUACUUCGAAAGUUGAAACAAGAGGUAGAAAAAGAAAAAUUGAUAAUGUUGAUACCAAAAAUAAAACAGAAAAAGUUGAAACAAGAGGUCGUAAAAGAAAAAAUAUAUCUGAACCAGCAACCACUAAAACACAAGAUCUGAUUAACAAACAUAAAAUCAAUCAUUUAUUAACAAAUAAUAUUGCCGCGCCAGCACCAACAUUAACACCAACACCAGCACCAACAACAACAACAACAACAACAACAACAACAACAACAACAACAACAACGACAGAUAAUGAAGAAGGUUCUUUAGAUGCUGCAAAACCUAAGAAAAGACGUGAUGUUGGCCGUGUCGGUAUCACUUCAAUUAUAUCACAAAAGAUUAUCCCCACAAUGAUUGAUGAUAAAAGUCAAGAAAAUGGUGGAGCUACUAAUGUUUCAAGUAUCAAAAAAAGAUAUCGAGUUGAUAGAGAUAAUAUUAAAAUUAAUAAAAGAAUAAUGUCACAAGAUACUGAAGAUGUCAUAAAAAUGUUUAAAAAAUUCGAUGAAGAAAUUUUAACAAAUCCAGAAGCAAGAUCAAGAUUACUUUCUUUAGGGUUUGAAACAAGAAAAAGAUAUAUUACAACAUUUAAACAUUAUAUCAGAUUUUGUUGUAAAAAAAAAUUGGAUAAUUUCUUUGUUACUGGUGAAUUAAUGAGAGAAUUUUAUGAAGAACAAUUUUCUUCAAGCAAUUCUAAUAAUCCAAUUAUUAGAUUAAGAAAAAUGGAUCCAGCUUUUUCAAAACUACAAGAAAUUAAUUUUUUGGUCUAUCAUUUACAAAAUAAAGAAAUUCCAAAUAGACAUGUAGCAUUGGAAUAUUUAGUUUAUAAAGAAAUGGGAAAGGAUCCAUAUACAGCACCACUAGAACAAAUUUUAAAUAAAGAUCAACCAAAUGAUGAUAAUAAUAGUAAUAUUAAUAAUAAUAAUAAUAAUAAUAAUAACACUCUUUCAAGAAAAGUAAGAAAGAUUGCAAAAAAACCACCAAAAUUAAGUAAAAAAGAUGACGACCAAAGUGAAGCUGAUUUAGGUUCAUUUUCACCACCUCAACCACAAGAACAACAACCAGAAGAACAACAACUACAACAACAACAAGUUGCUCCUCAUCAUCAACAACAACAACGUCAAAUACUUUCAAAUCCAAUGUAUACCAAAAAAUUAACCAAAAAGAAUAUUGUUGAAGUUAGAGAUUCAUUUAUUAAACUACGAGCUAAUAUUAAUAAAAUUUUACAUGGAAAUGUUAAUGUUGAUCCUGCUUUUAUUGAAGAUAUUUCAAAUAAAAUAAAUUUAGAAUUGAAAUCUUUUGAUUAUGAAUUAAAUGGUCCACCACCACCUCCACCACAUCAAGUUAAUAAAGGUGUUACAAUUAUUGAUAUGAAUCAUGAAUUAAAUACAGUGUAUGAAAUUGUUGAAGAAUGGUGUACAGAUGUUCCAAAUAAACCAUCAGUUGCAACUAGAUUAAAAAAAUGGAAUGAAGAUUGGAUCAGAGAUGAUAUUGAUCAUUCAACAAUGAUGGAAAGAAAAUCAAUUGUUCAAUUUGUUGAUAAAUUGGCAAAAGAAUGUAAAGUUGAUAUUUAUAAAAUGGCAAAUGAUUGUGAUAAAUAUAUUAGAGAAAAAUCGAUUUUGGAUGAAUUUAUUAGUGAGAUUGAAUUAGAUGCUGAUGAUUUGCACAAGAGAAUCUUAAGAUAUACAAAUAAAAGGAAAUGA